AUGGGCUAUGAGACUCGGGUGAGGACUGGUGUCAGCAUCGACUGGCAGCAUCCAUGGUGCAAAUCCACCUCGGACCAUACGUUCGAACGAAGCGAUGAGGCAGACAACACGAGUAAGAAUAGCGCCUGGGAUAGCAGCAUCACAAAUUGUGGCCGUGGGGCACCGCUGGUGAUGCAGCACAUCAUGAACGUUCACGAAUCUUAUCUGAUGUUCUCGGUGAAGAUGGCCCUCUUCUUCCUCAUCUACAUCUUGAAGGUCUUGACCUGUACGGGUAUCUUCUGCUCCUUCACGCCGGCCAUUGGCACAAUCGAGAACCUCCGUGUAGCCUGUCGACGCUUCGAGAGCGCGGACUCUUUCGGCUCGCGGAUGUCGUCAAGAGUGCCCCAUUUUAGCCUCGUCCCUUGA